ACGAAAUCCAAUCUCGAUUUGAAAGUGCGAACAAGAGCAAGAUUAGCUCCUCCUCCAGUCUCAGCACCCAAGGUUCAGAGUUUGCUCAGGCUAUCACUAUCCAUAAUAUAAACAAACAUUGUGUAUUUGAAGUUGUUGAAGCCGAAACAGAGAUGCCUGCUGUGUAUGACAACUGGGAGAGGUUGUUGCAAGCUGUGCUGCGACGUCAGCAGUAUUUGGAAAUGGCUCAUGCCCAUUCAAGAAGCACAAGCGCCGCGAGUUCCGUAUCGUUGGAUUUUGAGGAACUAUCUUUGGAUUCCCCAGGAGAAGAAAAAAAUGUUGAAAAUGAAGAAAGGAGUUCACGAUUUGAUUUCGGCCCCUCUCACUUAAUUAAUGAUUCUGUCAAGAGCAUCGAAAAUGACCUGCGCAGUAAAGGACUUGAUGAAAAUGGCUCGAAAACACGAAAUUCUUUGACUACCAGGGAUGCUAGCCAAAAUGUGUUCGAGCGGGUUGAACAAUACGAACCUAGGGUGUAUAUAACACUUGUAGAUUUUCGAGAUGGAAGUAGUGAUAUCCGACAAGUGCGCUUCAGUAGGAGGAAAUUCUCUGAGUACCAAGCAGAGUUUUGGUGGUCAGAAAAUCGUGAAAAUGUUUACAAUAAAUACAACAUUCGCUUUUCAGCCUCCAACAAGGCUGCAAUUAAGACUGAGGGACUUGUGCCCCAAGGCAUUAAUGGCUCAAAAUCUAGAACUUCAGUAGGAUUCAAUGAAGGUGAUGCAAAUGAAACUGAGGCUGAGUGGACUGAAAAAUAUGAACCUGGGGUGUAUACAACACUAGUAGACUUGCAAGAUGGAAGUAGAGAUAUCAAAAAAGCGCGCUUCAGGUAUUUUGCAUUGUUAUUUCUCACUAUGACAUUGGAUAUUGCUUAA